ACUAUUUUUUUUAAAUUCGUGUACAGGAAAGAAAAUUCUUGCUCUCCAGAAAUAGUUUCAUAGUCUGGAUUUUUGUUCCUUUGUAAUCUUUAUAUUACCAUAGCCAAAAUCCAGAUGAAUACAUCAGCUACGCAAGAACAGUCUCAGAGUGAACCAAUACAAGCCCAAACUUGUAUUAUAAUUCACCCCGGCUCGAAAAAUCUCCGGAUCGGUCGGGCUUCGGACGUCAAUCCACAUACCAUCCUUCAUGCCAUUGCCAGGCCAAGGCGACCAAAAGGACCUUUGCAUAGGGAUCCUGUGCUUAUUCCAACAGUAGUAUUGUCUAAAGAAAACAAAUUGCAAGUAGACGAAACAUACCAGUCUAUGAGAGGAACUUUGCAAUCCUGUCUUAGAUCAGAUGGCACACCUCGGCCUGCCACUUCUGCCCAGCAAGUAGCAUUAGCGAACAAACAAUGCAUUCCCAUUCAAGGUUCAGUGUCAAAGUUACAAUUUGUAACAAAAUCUGAUGUUGAAGACUACAUUAUUGGAGAUCAGGUGUUAUAUGCUCAUUCAGCUGAUCAAUUUAAUGUUCACUUUCCUUUUCGGCAUGGUGAUUUGAACAUUCAUUCUGGUGUGGGUGGAUCUUUGAGUUCUAUUCUUGCAGAUCUGGAAACUAUUUGGGGUCAUUGUAUUACAAACUUGCUAGAAAUCCCCAAAACAGAAUUGAAGCACUACAGGGCUGUGUUGGUUAUUCCUGAUAUUUACAACCGACUCUACCUCAAAGAGUUGGUCAGCUUAUUACUUAGUCACCUAGGAUUUGGAGGCUGUUUUCUCUUACAAGAUCACGUUGCCGCAACUUUUGGAGCUGGGCUUGGAGCUGCUUGCGUUGUUGACUUGGGCGAUCAGAAGACAUCAGUUUCGUGUGUCGAAGAUGCACUUUCACAAAGAGCAACAAGAAUUCGUUUAGACUAUGGGGGAUCUGACAUCACACAAGCAUUCUACUACUUAAUACAGCGCGCAGGUUUCCCGUAUAAAGAAUGCCAACCACAACACCCACUAGACGGUGCACUAUUGACAAGGAUUAAAGAAGGAUAUUGUCAUUUAAAUCUCGACUUCUGUGGUCUCAGAGACGUGAACUUCGUGGUUGAAAGGCCAGGAGUACCUACUCUUCGAUACCACAUCAAGAUCGGUGAUGAACUACUGCUAGGCCCUUUAGGACUUUUUAACACAGAAGUGUUCGCUCUGACUGGACAAGAUAAACGGGGCCAAGGCCAGGCUAAUGCCUCUGGCGAUCCCGAGGAUCCGCAUGACGCAAAUUACUUGCGAGAAACAAGCAGGAGGGCUCACAAAGAAGCCCUGGAAAAUCAAAGCACUUCGACAGCUUCCAUGGACCCAAUUGACAACUCAACCAAUGCUGGUGGUCAAGGCGAGGAUGAUCUCGUAGUUGAUAGUUUAGCCGCAGAUGCAGCGCCCGAUGACCAACCCCAACAGCAACUGUUAUACAGUCUGGACCAAGCCAUUCUUCAUUCUAUUGAGCGCUGUUCUUCGGAUGAAAUGAAACGCCGAAUGUAUUCUUGCAUUCUUCUCGUUGGAGGCGGAGCAAAAUUUGAAGGAUUAUCGACGUGGCUGCACAAUAGGCUGUUAUUGCAAAUCCCCUUCCUGUUUCGCCCUGAGCAAACCGAAAUCAUAGUUGGACCCAAAGAAAUGGAUCCUUCGAUGGUAGCAUGGAAAGGCGCGGCUAUCAUGUCCUGCCUAGAGUCUGCACAGGAAUUGUGGAUUCGGCCCACUGAAUGGAAAAAAAUUGGAGUAAGACUGUUAAGAGAAAGAGCCCCAUUCUAUUGGUAGAGUCAUUCAGUACACAGUGCUAAUCCUCUAUCAAUGUACUGGGUUUGAGCAGUUCAAA